CGCAGUGACUAGUGUGUGUGCCAGUAAUAAUAGUGUAGUGUGGAAAUAAAGAAUGAAUUAUCAACAGGAAAAUCGGCAACCUUGUAUCCACGUCGGCCAUAUUGUUUGUACGCACGUUGCUGGUUGAAAAAAAAAAAACGUAAUAAUUCCGAGUAUUUGUGUGGAGUUUACGGUGUGUGUCGCAAGGGAAAAUAGUCCCCGAGUGUUUUAAACCGAGGGGAGCGCCCGGAGAAAGGAGAUACUGAACUGGGUGUCAACUCAUUGCACUCCGCCACUUCAGUGCAAUGUCAUACCAUCGCAGUGGACAUCCAGGUGCAGUAGCAGUCUCCUACGGUGCUAGUACAAUGGCUCCACUGUCACCAAGUCGAAGAUACUCAAGUACAAACAGCACUACAACAACAUCUGGAAUUGGCAGUCCAACGACAAACACUAAAUUCAAUUCAUUUCGCUCGCCAAUGAGUACAUUAGAGCGCAACUACACCUCAACGACACCAUCGAGUUAUCGAUUUCCACCGAGGAGAAUCCAGUGUUCUCCAUCUAGAUCAGUCUCGUCGUACAGCGACACAAGCUCAGUCGUCUCCCUGUCGACAAACAGUAUUCCAAAGUACUCAUCAACUGGUAAUUCAUCAGCCUCAUCAACAGUCUCAUCAGCAUCGAGUACACGUGAGCGGACGACAACCCCAACAUCGAAAUUAACACUUGACGAAUUGUACCAGAAAUACUCGGUGAUAAAUUACGUACCAAAUAAGCAUAAUCGUGAGACAACACCAGUUAAUGGCCACUGUAGAGGAUCGUACACACCAUUAUCAGCUGAGCUUUACGGUGGUGAUGAGAGGGACUCGAUACACAGUGACAGAUGGUCAACGAGACAGGCUAAACGUCGUAGUACACCACUGAGCAGUGGAUUGCCUGGUCGUGAUGAUGUUGAUUAUUCCAAGAGCCAGCACGAGGUAACAAAGAACCAACAGUGUAAUGAACGUAGUGAUAUUAAUCCAUCGAUUAAUGAGAGUGAUAGUAAUGCUAAUAACAAUCAUGGUGAGUUUAAUGUUAAUUGUAAUGAUGUGAAAUUUGAUGAUAAUCAAAAGCAAGAGAUUUCCUCGUCUUCGUCGAGUUUGUUGUUGUCAACCAAUGACUCGGGAUGGUGUGGGUCUGAGUCAGCAGUGGCUGAUACGAAAAAUUUAACAGCUACUAAUAAUCGAGCUUGGAAAGACACGAAUGAUGAGGGUAAUGUGCUGGUGACUAACAAUAAUGCACAAGAGUGUUGUAAACGAUUGAACGAGGUGGAUACGAGGGAGGGACGCAGGAGCCAGUGGACUGCUAAUGGAAUUGAGGGGGUGGGGGAGGGGGCCAAUGGGGCGCAGGAGGAGGCUGUGAAUUCUUGUGGGAGAAGUGGUGAGAACGGCUUCAGGGUGACUGGGAGACCGGCUGGGAGUCAUGGGGAGGAUUCCUCAAAACCGUCCACGUCUAGAAGGAAUAAUAUUUUUGGAUGGAAUGAUGGGCUUGGGGAGGAGGUUGGAGGGGGCAGCGGUGCCGGGAACGGUGGCCCUGUUGGGGUGCAUCAGGCGGUUUAUCGGGGACUCGCUGAUUCUAUUGAGGAGAGCUCGACCAAACCAGCCAGAAGUAGAAUCACUGGGAGGAGGGACGAGGGGUAUGGGCUGAAUGGAUUGAGAAAUAUUGGAAACACCUGUUUCAUGAACAGCGUCAUCCAAUGCCUGAGCAACACUCGACCUCUCCUCGAGUAUUUGCGAAACGAGCAGUACUUAAACGAUAUAAACACAACGACGUCCAGUAUGAAAGGCGCCCUGAUAAAAUCCUUCGCCCAGGUCAUCUAUGAACUGUGGGAGGACAGUGGCGAGAGGGUUGUCAAUACAACAGCACUCAAGAGCCAGAUACAGAGAUUUGCUCCAAGAUUCAUGGGCUAUGCACAGCAGGACGCUCAAGAGUUCCUCAGGUAUUUGCUGGAAGGUCUCCACGAGGAUGUCAACAGAGUUACCAUCAAGCCAACGCCGAUAUUGACUGACAUACCGGAUCACUACUCGGACAGUCUCAAGGCGACCGAAAGCUGGAAACGCUACCUUCGCAGUGAGGACAGCACGAUAGUGGACGUUUUCGUCGGACAAUUGCGCUCCUCCUUGACCUGCACCUCCUGCGAUCACGUAUCCGUAACACUCGACCCAUUCUGGGACCUCAGUCUCCCAAUACCAGCGAGAACUGGCACUGUCAAGCUCAAUCAGUGUCUGGAGCACUUCACCAAGGCCGAGGUGAUGGAUGGGGAUGAGAAACCAACGUGUUCCAAGUGCCAGAUGAGAAGAAAGUGCACCAAGAGCUUUGCAAUCCAGAAGUUCCCGAAGAUCCUUGUUAUUCAUUUGAAGAGGUUCUCACCAACCGAGAGAUUCCGUGCGAAACUAAGUGUCCUAGUUGACUUUCCCCUGACAGGCUUGGAUCUCAGUGCCUUUGCUGCCCCAGAUGUACAGGGCUGCACCUACAAUCUGUACGGUGUUGCUAAUCACUCUGGUACACCGUACUCUGGCCACUAUACUGCCUACUGUAAGCAUCCAUACUCAGGCGAGUGGCACGAGUAUAAUGACAGUCGUAUAUCACCAGUAUCAGUCAGUUCGGUUAUAUCUAGUGAAGCCUAUGUACUAUUCUACGAGCAACAGCAGCCCAAUCCACAUUUGUAACCAAACGCCACACAUAGUUGUAUGUAAAAAAGAAGAAAAAAAGAGAAAAAUGAUAAAUUUACGAAUAAAAAAUAACGAAGGAACCAGCAUUGCCUAGUGGAGUUGGGGAGGGUGGGGCAAAAUGGACACUAGAAUUUUAUUUGCAAUAUUCAGAAGUCGAGGCUCAAUUUUUCAAUUGAGCCCAGUGCAGGGCCAUGAUGGAGGGAAAGGAUUGCACUUGUCAUUGGAGAAAAAAUUAUUUGAUUUUAUUGAAAAUUCAAGGAGUCGCUAAUUUUUGGAAAAAACUACAAGUGCCCAUUUUACUCCACUCGCCCCUUUACUGACUCGAUUACGAGGCGAGUCAAUAGAAUUAAGAGAAAAGGAAGUAAAGGGGAGAAGAGCAGCUUGACACCCAGGUACAGACAGCGGUCAUGUUUGAAUUGCACUCGUAAUUUAAUUCAUUAAAUUUCAUCACCAAAUCAUCACGAGAAGAAUUUACCCUUGUAUUUAUCUUCUUUUUGUAAUGUAUUCAUUUAAUAUUUAUGAAAUUCCAAUUCAAUAUUCUGAAAUCAUUGACAAUUUCGCGUGAAAUAAUUAUCUCUCAUCGAAUGUGAAUUGAAUUUUAACGAUCAUUUUUUUAAUUAUUUAUUUGACUGAGUGAUAUGAAUCGUCUUCACGUAUAUUUUUAUUUAUUUCUGGCUCAUGAGGGAGUGAAACGCAAAUGAAAUCAUUGUCUCGAUAUUUUAUUUUUACAAAUUCUCGGGCUGAAGCUGCGAAUGUCCGGUUAUGCUGUUAUUGAGCAGAUUAAAAUACCAAAAUUUCUAGUGAUGGACGCAAUGAAUCAACAGAGAUUUAAUAACCUGGUAACACAUACCUAUGGCUAUAUUUACUUUUGUAAAAUAUUUUUGUUUAAUCGAUUAAAGAGAACAAGUCAAGAGUUAUUUAUUUAAUUUAUUAUAUAUGAGAGGAUAAACAAAAUGAGAGAGUUAAGGAUACAAAGUAAAUUUAAAUAAAUUCAGAUAUUAAUAUAUAUGAUAUUUACGUGAAAAUGCAAAUAUAUAUUAUUAUACAUAAACGGAGAAUAAAAAUAAAAGUAACAGACAGAUAUUAUUGA